AGUUGCCAAGCAUGGCGGGCGGUAUGCGCUGCGGUCUGCGUGUUCGAAAAGCGCGUCGCCACCGGGCUGACCUUCCCGUUAGUACAAGUGCAAGAGAACGAACGCACCGAUGCUCGCUUUAGAUGAUCGGACACGGGGGCGGAAAGGACGACCUCGCCAAUGUCGAUCAUAUGAUCGCCGGCGCGAUCAGCGGGUUCGUCACACGUUUCCUUUGCCAGCCGUUCGACGUCGUGAAGAUCCGAUUCCAGCUACAGCUGGACCCCAUCAAGGCGUCCCACCCGACUGCCAAGUACACGGGAGUAUGGCGCGGGACUCGGCGCAUUCUUCGCGAGGAAGGCAUCAACGCCUUCUGGAAAGGACAUGUGCCCGCUCAGAUGCUCUCCGUUGUCUACGGUGGAGUUCAGUUCUCCUCUUGGGAAUACCUGACACGGCAGCUUGAGACGGGCCUUGGACCCGACCGUGGCCAGCAGUGGCACAACAGCAUCAACUUCACGUGCGGCUUUGCAUCAGGCUGCAUCAGCACCGCCGUGGCUCAUCCUUUCGACGUUAUACGAACCCGCCUCGUAGCACAGAUGGAACCCAAGACUUACCAUUCUAUAGGGCAGGCGGUGAGCUGCAUGUGGCGGCAGGAGGGCCCCACGGCCUUCUACCGUGGCUUGCUGCCCACCCUUCUGCAGAUUGGGCCCCUGUCAGGAUUCCAGUUUGGCUUCUACUUCUUCUUCGUCAACCUCUGGGAGCUGCUGCUCCAUCCCGAGAGCCACGUAACCGGUAUGAGCCAGAGCGUGGCCUGCGGAGCCCUCUCCGGCUUUGUGUCCAAGACACUCGUCUACCCCCUGGAUCUCAUCAAGAAGAGGCUGCAAGUGCAAGGUUUCAUGGCACAGGGCAUGCAGUUUGGGCGGUACACAGGCUUCGUCCACUGCAUACGCUGCAUCAUGAUGCAAGAGGGUGUGCAGGGCUACUUCAAGGGCUACAUGCCAAGCGCCCUCAAGUCCAUGGCCACCACCUCCUGCUACUUCGCCUCCUAUGAGGCCGCCUGCGAGAUGCUUCGGCUACGGCAAGGCAGCAUCGUUGGGGGAAGUGACGAUUGAGCCUUCCCUCUGGUGAUGCCUUCCAUAGACCUCUCGAAGCCCCCCUGUCUUUCUCUGUUGUGCGAGUGUGUGAGGGUUUGCUGCAACACUAUGAUUGUGGAAAAGAACAGCGACCGUACCCUCCUCCGUACUCCUUCCUGCAUUUUACGUUCUGCGUAGGCUGCGUCAGCGCAAGACAUCCUUCCUUACCGAGUGUCGCAUGAAUGGUGGCCGAUUACCACUCAAAUUUUGUACAGACAUAGGGUUUUACAGUCGGAUCAGCGUAAUUCCACAUUUGUGAGCAUUAUGUGCUUGUUUCAUUCACAGUAAAGCCUAAGUGCAUGUCAGCUGCAGCGACACAAUUAAAAUAAAUGGCGAUUUCACUGCAGCAAAAUGGUGGUGCCACCUGUCACCCCUAAGAUGAACUGCACCUUUCAUCAUAGCAGUGACAGAUGACAGCACUGUUUUGCUUAAUAAAUCGGCUUUCCUUUAGCUGCAUCGCGGCAGAUGAGAUACAUUUCAACCUUACUGUAUAUGAAACAAGCAAAUAAUGCUCGCGAACGUGGUGAUAAACUGAACCCACUGCGAAAUGCUUUUAUCUGUGCAAAAUGGGAGUGGAAAUCGGCUAGCAUUUUAGCUUCACAAUUCUUGUGUACCUGGUGCUGUUAUUUAUGCAACAUUCAGCAAACUUCCAAGGUUGCACAUCCAUGUAACAAUUUAUGGCAUUAUGCAAUUUGCAGAAGCACUUUCUGGUCAGUUCAUGCUGGUGACCGAUGUGAAAAGGCUUAUGAAAAAUUUUAUAGUUACAAUAAUGGUGAAUAUAAAUGUAGGCUAUUGACUGUGUUGGGGUAAGUGAUAGUGCCUUUCUUUCUUACCUGUGAUUCGUUUUUGGGUAUCUGUCUCUUGCAUUACAUGCAUUUAGUUUUGGAAACGCAGGUCGACCGCCAGACAGUUUUAUGUAAUGAAGGAAAUUGAAACCAUCAAACCAAUCAUUCUUUUUCUUGAACGGAACAUCACAGUUUAGACAAGCACAUCUACUUGUGUUUCUGUCCUCACAAGUCAGUGGCAUUUGGAGAGGCAAGCAGUUGCGACAGGUUUAUGGAAUAGUACAUCCUUACCAGACGUUGCACCGUGUUUGUUUGUGUAACAUUAGGAUACAGCUCCUUUUUUUGCACUAGAAAUUAUGCGUAAUAGAUAUUUAACUACACUACGUGGGGACAGUGCAGCUCUAUGGUACGGUGCAUUAUGCUACAUUGCUAUGUUACACUAUUGUACAGUGUGUCACAGUAUGCUAAGCAUGGCUCGUUAGCUCAGCACUGAUUUCUCGUAUUUAAGAAAUAUAUCGUGGAUGUCAUUGAUCAAUGUUCGUAGCUUUUGAGUUUUCUGUUUGUCGCAUUUCAGUUCGUUGAAGGCUCCUUCCUUGUUCCUUGUACCUGAGUGCCUGGAAGGAGAAGUCCAUUAUGCAUGUAAGCUUAAUGAGAGAAUCACAUUGUGCUUUAGUUGCUGUCUUUCUGUAUAGUAAUAUAGCAAAACCAGAUAUUGCUGUUAAAACUAUCAUUUGUAUGCUAGCAAAGAUAUUGUAAGCCUGCAAUACCAUGAUGGCUACGUCACGAGGCCUCUGAGUGGCUCUAAUGUAUUCCAUGUUUGGGCCGUCUAGUCCAUAAUAAGUUUAGAGAUGUUUUCACAAAUAUUUCAGUUGUCGCCGCAUUUAACUUCAGUGGCGUGUAGUCGGUGAUAAACAACUUUGUGUGUUGGGCAUCUCAUGGACAAAUCGUCUGAAGUGUGUAAAUCUGAAGCAAAUAUUUCAUUUUGGAUUGUGUGCGGUCAGAAUCAGUUAUUAGCUGUGUGGCACAUAGUGGGAUUGCAUUAUGUUCAUUGAAGGAUGCGGUAGUAGGGAGUUUUAUGGAUGUCAGUGUUUUUCUUUGUGUUUGAUGUGUUUUUGAUUACCGGUGCUUGGACAGAUAUUUGCCGUUACAGUAAAGGUCGGAGACAUUGGUGUGCUUUUGGUAGCUUGAGGGAUGGGCAAUCUCGGCUCGUUACCUAAAUCACGGACAGAAAUUUAGUUUUUCACAAUCCUGGUAUAUUGCAUUUUGUUUGUUUCCAUAAUUUCCUAAGGAUGAAGAUUAGCAAGGAAAGAGAGCUGUUUAAAAUCUUGGCAUGCAAAAUAAAAGUGAAAUUGAUAGCUGCACCAGUAGCUCUUGCGUUACACAGAACUUAGUCUGUGUUAAAGCAUUCAAAAUAUUGUUCACAUUUUGGAUGCCCACUAACAACAAAUAGGUGGUUUCUUUUUUUUCCACAAUGCCACUUGCCAAAUAUGUGUACCAAAGACCUGCGCAUAUUUUUCGUGUUUUUCGGUUUCGGUGCACUUCUGCUUAAUGCACCUGGUCAACUUUUGCAUUUUUCCAGGCCGUUAUGCCUCAUUGCAGCAUCAACAACAAGAUAUGCAAAAAGCUUGCGGCUUAGGUGCUAGCAUCUUGCACACUCACAAGCCAUCCAUUCUGGUGGUAGGUCUUGCUCAAGUGUAGGCAUUGUACAGAAGAAUGCUCAGUGUAAAGAGAAUGAUGAUAGUAUGAACGGGACGGCCCAGUUGACAAAAACUACUGGAAUCUCCAGGUGGCUCUAAACAGUGUUGUUUGAGUCAUAUUUUCGCAUGCUCUUUGUUCUUUAGAACUCUUUUGCAGGUUGACAUUGUUGGAUUGUGCAUCUCUGAACCCGACAUCUGUUGUACCAUUACAGUGCUUUGUCAAGCCGUAAUCUGCUCCGGUGUUAGUGCUCAUGUACACAUUUCAUUGUAGUUUGUAUACUGGAAGAAACAUAUACUUUUGGUUUGUGAAUUUGCCAACUUCAGUGGGUUGUACUCAGUAUGAAACUAUUUUUUGUGUUGGGCGUCUUGCGGACACACCUUCCACUGUGUCUAAACCAUUUCAUUGUGUUUGCAUGUCGGACUCAGCUAGAUGCUCUUUGAGGAACCCAUCGCUCAGGACCCAGGACAUGCAUGCACGGGCAACUGGACUAGUGAAUGGGUCUAGUGCAGCCACACUAAACUGUGAUAGCAUGUAUGCACUUAGGUAGCAGCAGAUACUGUAGAGUUCAGGCUUUCUGUGCCGUAAAGGCCACUUUUGAGUGCUCCAACACCACAAAUGCUUCCGUGUCACCAACACUGUUGCAAUAAAUGCUUAGAAGAAUGUUUGUUUUCAGUU